CAAGACGAGAAUCGAAUACUCUACCCUAAGUCCCACCAUAACCAUUUCUGCAUAUUUGUUCUAGCACCUUCGUCCCCAUUCUCUUCUCCGGUGCAACACCACGCUCAACGCCUGUAACAAUUCACUACCGCAGAGUCAUCCAAGUCCAAUCUCACUUCACUUCUCUCCACAACUAAACUCAAUCUCUUUUCCUUUGCUUCCGGGCUUAUCUUCCUUCAACAAUGGCGACGGUCAUGCAGAAAAUCAAGGAUAUUGAAGAUGAGAUGGCAAAGACUCAAAAGAACAAGGCUACUGCUCAUCAUUUAGGGUUACUGAAGGCUAAACUUGCAAAACUGCGGAGAGAGCUCCUUACCCCUACAACUAAGGGAGGUGGAGGUGCUGGUGAAGGUUUUGAUGUUACUAAAAGUGGAGAUGCAAGAGUUGGUCUUGUGGGCUUUCCUUCGGUUGGCAAGUCUACUCUGCUGAAUAAAUUGACUGGGACAUUUUCAGAGGUUGCUUCCUAUGAGUUCACUACCUUGACAUGCAUCCCAGGUGUGAUCACAUACCGUGGAGCUAAAAUUCAGUUGCUGGAUCUUCCUGGAAUUAUUGAGGGUGCCAAGGAUGGAAAGGGUAGAGGAAGGCAGGUUAUUAGUACUGCAAGGACAUGUAAUUGCAUUUUAAUUGUUCUCGAUGCAAUAAAACCAAUAACUCAUAAGCGUCUUAUUGAAAAAGAGCUAGAAGGAUUUGGUAUAAGGUUAAACAAAGAACCCCCAAACCUGACUUUUAGGAGGAAAGAGAAGGGUGGAAUUAAUUUCACCUCAACUGCUACAAACACCCAUCUGGAUCUCGAUACCGUGAAGGCUAUCUGUAGCGAGUACAGAAUUCAUAAUGCUGAUAUUACUCUAAGGUAUGAUGCUACUGCUGAUGACCUUAUAGAUGUCAUUGAGGGCAGUAGAAUCUAUACACCCUGCAUCUAUGUUGUGAACAAGAUUGAUCAGAUCACACUUGAGGAACUGGAGAUAUUGGAUAAGCUUCCUCAUUACUGCCCUGUCAGUGCGCACCUGGAGUGGAAUCUUGAUGGGCUUCUGGAUAAAGUUUGGGAGUAUCUCUGUUUAACUCGUAUUUAUACUAAACCGAAAGGUAUGAAUCCUGAUUAUGAAGACCCUGUAAUAUUGUCGUCUAAGAAGAAGACAGUCGAAGACUUCUGCGACCGCAUUCACAAGGACAUGCUUAAACAGUUUAAGUAUGCUCUGGUCUGGGGUUCAAGUGCAAAACACAAGCCUCAAAGAGUCGGCAAGGAACAUGAACUUGAAGACGAAGACGUUGUUCAGAUUAUCAAGAAAGUAUAAAUUUAUAGUCAGACUUCUGAAAACCGACCACAAUGCCUGCAUGAGAUACUAUGUCUGAGCAGAAUCAAAGGUCUCUUAGUGAGUUUUUUUCCAGGGUUGUUGGAUCACACUCCAAUUACUUGUUUCUCAUUCAGACAGUGAUUAGGUAAAAUAUACAAAGUGUGAUGGGUAGUUAAACUAUUUUGUUGUGAAGAAGGGUGCUGUUUUUCUGUUAGUUUUGGUAAUGAUCCAUAUUGCGGGAUUAUGCAUAUCUAUAACAGAAUAAUUGGGGACUGUUUUUUUGGAUAUCCAGGUAUGCUUAUGGUGGACAUUUUGAUGAAA